AUGACAGCAGACGUACCGGGGCACUCCCGGGUUACCGCCGGCUGCCAUCUGCUCCUGCUGACCCUCUUGGCCUUGAGUUUUUCCUGUGAAGCCUGCAAAAGAGUGACACUUACUGUUCCUUCUAAACUAGAAGCUGAUACUUUUGUUGGCAGAGUUAAUCUACAUGAGUGCCUUCCAUCUGCAAACAAAAUACAUUCAAGUGAUCCUCACUUCAGAAUUUUCAAAGAUGGUUCAGUGUAUACAACCAAUGCUGUUGUGUUGUCUCCAGAGAAGAGAAUUUUUACUAUUCUACUUUCCAACACACAGAAAAGAGAAGAGAAGCAUAUAGUUGUCCAACUAGAAUACCAAAAGAAGGUACUGAAGAAAAGACAUUUGAAAGAAACAGUCCUUAAACGUGCUAAGAGAAGAUGGGCUCCUAUCCCUUGUUCAUUGCAAGAGAACUCUUUAGGUCCUUUCCCCAUGCUUCUUCAACAGGUCCAGUCUGACUCAGCACAGAAUUACACAGUCUAUUAUUCAAUCAGAGGGCCUGGAGUUGAUCAAGAACCUCUAAAUUUGUUUUACAUAGAGAGAGAUACUGGGAACCUCUUUGUUACUCGCCCUGUAGAUCGUGAGAAAUGUGCAUCUUAUGGGUUAAUUGCCUAUGCAUCAACUCCAGAUGGUUAUUCUGUAGACCUUCCACUACCCCUUGAAAUCAGAGUUGAGGAUGAAAAUGACAACUACCCAAUUUUCACUGAAAACCCUUAUCAAUUUGAAGUUUUUGAAAAUUGUGGGGUUGGUACAACAGUAGGUCAAGUCUGCGCCACAGAUGCUGAUGAACCUGACACGAUGCAUACUCGUCUGAAGUAUACCAUUAUAGAGCAGCAGCCACCAUCACCUACAUUAUUUUCUAUACACCCAGUCACAGGUGUUAUCACCACAACAUCAUCUCGGUGUGACAGAGAGGUUGUAGACAAAUACAAAUUGACACUAAAAGUACAAGAUAUGAAUGGUCAGUAUUUUGGUCUGUCCAGUAAGACAACUUGCAUCAUUUCAGUUGGAGAUGUGAACGACAACUUGCCGAUGUUUACAAGAAACUCUUAUGUGACAGAAGUAGAAGAAAAUAAAAAAAAUGUGGAAAUACUUCGAUUAACUGUAGAAGAUAAAGAUUUGAUUAACACUCCUAAUUGGAGGGCUAAUUAUACCAUUUUAAGGGGUAAUGAAAAUGGAAAUUUCCACAUUGUGACAGACCCCAAAACCAAUGAAGGAGUUCUCUGUGUGUUGAAACCCAAAGGUCUGAAUUAUGAGGAAGCACGCCAGGUGGUCCUUCAAAUUGGUGUAACAAAUCAGGCUCCUUUUUCUGGAUCUGGUGGUUCGAAGACACCAGUCAUAAGCACGACUACAGUUACUGUUAAUGUUAAAGACCAAGAUGAAGGGCCUGAAUGCAGCCCUCAAGUGCAGACUGUUAAUGUGAAAGAAAACAUAGCACUCGGGACACAGGUCAAUGGUUAUAAAGCCUAUGACCCAGACACUAGAAGUAAUAGUGGCAUAAGGUAUAAAGCAGUAAAUGAUCCACAAGGAUUGUUCACAAUUGAUGAAACAUCAGGUUCUAUCAAAAUUCUUAGACGUUUAGAUAGAGAGUCAAAUACCUUCAGACACGGUUUAUAUAAUAUUACAGUACGGGCAACAGACAGAGAUGACAGAACAUGUACUGGUACCCUGAGAAUUGUCCUUGAUGAUGUGAAUGAUAACGGUCCAUCCAUAGUUCGAACAGAAGUAACAAUCUGCAAAACGCAGAUGGGCUCAGCAGAGAUUGUCGCUGUGGAUCCUGAUGAACCUAUCAAUGGUCCACCCUUUGAAUUCACCUUGCCAAGCAAUUCUGAACGGGUUGGUGAUGCAAUGUGGAGACUUAGCAGAAUCAAUGAUACUGCUACACGCAUAUCCUUCCGCAAUGAUCCUGCAUUUGGGUUAUAUGAGAUACCUAUUACAGUGAGAGAUAGACUUGGACUAUCUAAAACCAACACAGUGAAUGUUAAUUUAUGUAAUUGUGUUGUUCCAAGUGAAUGUACAAGUCGUACGGCUCCAAUUCAUGGUGCAAAUGAUGUAAGACUUGGAAAGUGGGCCAUCCUUGCCAUGAUACUGGGUGCAGCACUACUGUCUUGUAUCCUAUUUACAUUAGUUUGUGGAACUGCUGGUUCCUCCCAAACAAAAAAAACCUUCCCUGAAGAUGUGGCUCAGCAGAACCUUAUAGUGUCAAAUACACCGAAGCCCCUGGAGAUGAACACAUAUUGCACAAAUGGAUUGACUACACAGAAUGUGAGCAGUGGUUGCACACUGGUAUCAGGAGCAAAAAAUGGGCAAGAGUGUUUUGAAAUGAUGAAAGGAGGGCAUCAAACUUUGGAAUCCUGUCAGGGAGGACAUCAAACCCUGGAUUCAUGCAGACACCAUACCCUGGAUCCUUGUAGGGGAGGACAAGUUGAGGUGGACAAUUGCAGAUACAAUUAUUCUGAAUGGCAGAAUUUUACUCAACCCCGUCUUGGUGAAAAGGUGCAACUGUGCAAUCAGAAUGAAGAUCAGACCCAUGCUCAAGACUAUGUCCUUACAUACAACUAUGAAGGAAAAGGCUCUGCGGCUGGUUCUGUAGGGUGUUGCAGUGAGCGCCAUGAUGAAGAAGGGCUUGAAUUUUUAGAUCACUUGGAACCCAAAUUUAGGACUCUAGCAGAAACAUGCAUGAAGAGAUAAUUGUCUUUCUAUAACAAUUCAGUACUGGGACUUGGAGUGGAGUUGUUUUUUUUUUUAUUUUUUGGAGAAUUCAAAGCUGGGAUAUUUUAAAACUUGAAUGCAAUAUAUUAUAGGUUUUUAUUCUUUAUUUGUGAAAAGCUGUUUUGCCAAAAUGCGUGUUCAUAUCUUAAGUUAAGCAUAAAAACUUCCCUAUGGUCACACUUAAAACAAAAACUUGCCUGUCUUUCUUAGAGGAGAUUCACAGGUAGUAAAAUGAAUGAACUUGGCAUUCUUUACUAGUGAAUAGUAAAGGCACUUGGCAAUUUGUAAGAUUGCCCUAGGGUUAUUAUAAAUAUGGUCAUAUUUUGUUAGUUCAUGGAAGAACAUUCUGAAUUAGUAAGUCUUUAGUAAGUACCAUUUUUUUAAAGCACUACAGUUUUAUUAUUGUUAAGGACUUAAAAUUACAAAUUUUAGUAAAGCUCUUUUUGGAGGCCCUCCUUUUAAUCAUUACUUUAGUCACUUAGCUUAUCAAAUGUGUGUCAGCACUGGUUAAUUGUGAGGAUGCUUAAAAACUGUUUCUUCUUUUCUGUAGUCUUGAUAACAAUUUGUUUAACAGAACCAUUUUGAGCAGUGCAUAGAUAAGCCUCAGCUGAAGGACUUUCCAUCUAAAUUAUCACUUAUGAUUUAAUGGAGUCCAGGUUUCUGAUGACUUACUCUAUAAAAAAUAAUAAUCACUGGAUCUACAUUUAAUUUUUCGACUGCCAUGGAAAUGUAGAUUUCAAAUAUAUUUUUAAAGUAGUUGCAUAUUUUUGAAAUUUUGUUUUUGCAGUGUUUUUUUCUUUGAUAUAAUCUAUAUAUCCUAAAUGUUCUCUCCUUUAUUUAAAAUGUUUAGCCUAAAAUAGCUAAAAUUGACUAGAGGAACCAAAAGUUUCUAAAAGUAUUCCCCCAAAUUCCCACCCCCUUUUCCCUAAAAACUUUAUUUUAUGUUAAGCUAUGUUUUCUUGAUUUUUUUUUGGAAAUGUGUUAUUUUACUUGUAUCAAAUGCCUCUGGUGACUGUUU